CUGUAAGUAAUUGAAAACUUUCUUGUUUCCUUGCCUACCCAGAGUGCCAAAAAUUAUACCAAAAGAACCAGCAACUUGUGCAGCUUCAAUGGAUUUUUCUCGUCUAGCAUGCAUAUCAUCAUAAUCGUACUCUUCUUCUGUGAAUUUCUUUUCAUAGGGAUCAUACCUGUCAAGAAAAUAAAAUGAGAUAGGUCAUAUUCCUCAAAUUAUUAAGAAAAAGUUUUGAACCUUACUUGAAAGCCUUUAAAUUUGGAUUAGCUAUCAUGGCAGCCUCAAGAUGAAAUCUUCCAUCACCAAGGUAAACUAAGGCAUCAACUUCUCGUAUAGUCGGUGCAGUACAACCUAAUACUUCACCAGGUGAAAGGGGUCGACUCUGCGGUAUCUUUACAUCAUAACCCAAUUUACGCAGUUCACCUGCAGCUGCAUGAAGAGUUGUGAUAAAUUGUAUAGUACUAACAAAAGCUAAUUUAGUUUCCAUUUUAAAAUUAAGUUUUAUUGUUUCUAUAAAGUGUAUCGGAUCAAUCUUAAUAUCAACAAAUAUAUACAAUACUUUGAUAUCAGGCAUUUGGUCCACAGGGAUAAGACAACUGUGACCGUAAUGAAUAAGCAGAUCUACUCUCAGGGCUUUGGCUGUGAAAUCAUCUACACAACAAGCACCAUAGGUCACAUCUCCCAUAAUCACUGUAUCUGCAGAGGUAAAUUGUUCUAUAAUAUCACAGAUCAUUGUAGAAAACAGAAGGAGCCCUUCUGGCAUCUGCAAGGCAACUCUUUUCGCUUCUGUGUGUCUUAUCCUCCAUAUGGUUUUAUGUAUUUCAAAAUUGUAAUUCUGUGGAAGUUUCUGAAUGGCAGCAUUUAAAAGCACAUUAUUUAAAAUGUCAUCAGGUAUUUUAUUUAACGUUUUUGAUUGUGGUCUAAAAACUUUCCGACUGGGAUUAGCUCUCACAACCACAGCUUGUUCUUGUUCAGAUCUCUUAAUAUCGCACAUUUUCAAUAGACAUUAAUUCAAAUGACACUCACAUUUUCAUAAAAACUGAUAAUCCUCCAUUCAAAGUCAAAUCCAGAUCACGUUCUCCAAUAAAUUCAAACCUUCCCCAACAGGAAUGAAUUAAUCGAUUCAUAGAAAAUUUCAUUCAUGUCUUGUAAUCUGUGCUUAUAUUUAGUAAUCAUCCAUACCGUUUCAAAUUUCUUAUUACUAUAAAUAUUAUUGAUGCAAAUAUUAUACUUCGAACAUUUAAUUUAAAAAAGAUAAAGUGCAAAAUACCAACACAAUUGCUCAAAUAUCGAUUAAGAAAAAAAUAUCGAUGUCAUCAUGGAACUAGUGUCACCAAAUUCGUGAUUGUAAUCAGAUGCAAGAUAUCAGUCAAAAAAGAGAAAUAAGUUCUAACUGUUUGAUGACUUGUGAUUUUGGCCCUGUUAUUUCCUAUCCCGCUUAGGAUGUCUUUCGUCAAAUUGAUUUCUGACGAUUUUGUCAAAAAUUGCCUGGAAUGGAAAACUCUAGUUCCAGUUAUAGAAAAGAGUUUAGUUGAUAUCUCAAUUAAAAAUAAAUCUACGAUUCAGCCGGCCAGACUGUUCAUGGAUAUUCCUGACAAACAAGGACUGUUUUUGGCUAUGCCUAGCUAUUCUGAGAAUGAUCAUGCUCUUGCUUGCAAGCUAGUAACUUCAUUUCCUCAAAAUAAAUCUAUUGGAAUUCCGAGUGUCUUAGCAAAUAUUUUGCUGUUUGAUCCAAUAACUGGAAAAAUCAAAGCUAUUGUUGAAGCCAAUAGAAUAACAGCUUGGCGUACAGCUGCUGCUUCAGCUGUUGCCACAAAAUGUAUGCAUAAAGGUAGCAAGGAUAUUUUAGCCAUAUUAGGUGCAGGAACACAAGCUGAAUCCCAUGCUUUGGCUCUUAAGGAAAUGUUCGACUUCAAAGAAGUCAGGAUAUGGAAUCGAACCAGGGAACGUGCUAAAAUCCUUGCUUCAAAGCUUCCUUUUGAAUGUACCCUUUUUGAAUCAAACGAAGAAUGUGUAAAGGAUGCCGAUGUAAUAUGCACUGCAACAUACGCUAAAGAGCCAAUACUGCAGGACACUUGGGUCAAAGAAGGUGCUCAUAUUAAUGCUAUCGGAGCUGGGCAGAACCAUCACUCAGAGCUCAGUGAAGCAUUAUAUAGGAAAUCUUACCUUGUGGUUGAUCAUAUGGAGUCUGCGGAAAAGGAAUUAGCUGGACUUACUCAAAUGGGGAUAGAUAUAAAAGGAGAAAUAGGAAAUUAUCUAAAUUCAUCAAAAACUGUUCCUGAAGAUGUAACCUGCACCAUAUUCCAUAACUUGGGUAUAGCCAUUGAAGACCUGGUCACAGCAAAUUUCAUCUAUAAUAAAUUCACGAAGGGUCAAAAGUAAUCUAUUCAUGAAUUUCUGGAAGCUGGGUCUGACUUCACAGUAUUAUGUUGGCUGAGGAUAUGUUUUGUUUGCACGCUGAAUUCAUGCAAUAACUAACACCAGCAUCUCAACACAAAACAAAUAUGUGAUACCUUGUUAAUGUACUUUCUAUAAUUACCCAUUAUUUUAAGUUAAAACAAGGCUGUUCAAUUUAGGGAAUGUUUUUGUAAUUGCUGUCCUGUAUGUUUUAUUUUUAUUUUUGUGUGUUUUAUUAUUGUUGCCCAUAAAAUAUUGAUUUCACUGCUUCAGAUUCUAGACAUAGCACUUCGAUUUUGUUUUAAAUAAAUUUUUUGCAUGUGAUGAGAGUGUUUCAUUUAACCUUGA